CCAGUAACUUAGCAGGUGCUUCCUGCGGGUGAUGCAACUUCCACUCAAUAGCCAACGUAGUCUUUGACUAUGCUUUCGCAUCAUGGUUCGGAGCUUCUUGCCUCAGCGAAUCUUGGGCCACUUCGGUCUACCGUGGAUCCAUUACAUAGUAAAGCGGCGGCACAAAUCACUGACAUCGACACCCCUCGAAUUGGACCUAUUCUUUUAUUCUGAGUAGCUGGGGAGGCAUGACGACAUGUCAAGUGUCCAUCGAAGCUUACGCUGACGAAGUCCCGGGCAUCAUCGGCCGUCCAGUUUCCAUCCCCGUUUCCAUACCCCUCUCCAUCCUGACCCCGACGUUAAACUGCCCAACGCAAUGCAGUUCGAAGGAGAGAUUACGCUCCGGCACCAUGUCCUUCUUUACCAGUUGGCAGCAUGUGCUUACGUUCUUGUCUCCUUUAUCACAAGUCCAGGAAGCCUCUUACUGCCGUUUGACCAGCUGUCCUGUGGCGGCCAAAGAAGUCCAGUGGGCAUCUCGAGUGGAACGGCACUCAUCACAAACCACGAGACACAGUACAAUCAAUGCGAUGGUGUCAGGAUGGAACCAUCGAAGACAAUCCCGGGCAAGAUUGAGAAUUGUCCUCGCGCCACAACAUUUCGAAACACACACCAACCCUCAUGCAUCUCAUCAUCUUCAAGUGCCUCCAUAGUCGAUACGGGCACGAAGGGGGAAGAACCAUACGGUCUGUUUCUCCCGUCAGUCAUGGGAACUUUCACUUCAG